CUUAAGCUUUCAUCUGAAGCCAGGCGUGUGUGCAAGCUUACUGCGGCCGACCAACUGCUACGUAGUCGAGACUCGACCCCCCUUCGUCCUCCCUUGAGCGCGGUUAAACAGGCAGCAGUUGCGUCGGUUCAACAUGAGACGAGGCUAUCGAUCCUUGCUCACGACCACGGCACAUCUACCAUGGAAAGGGUUCCAAUGCCGCCAUUCAGCCGUCCCGAUUACAGGGGCGCGUCGAUGUCAAGGCUUACUCCGUAGUUUGCAACCAUGGGGAACCAGGGGAACGCAUCCGGUGGGCUGAUUUGCAAAACGCCUGGAAACGACCCUUCUUCCUUCGAAGUCGCAGUCCCGAAUUUCGUAAUAAUGAUGAUGACGAUGAUAAUGAUGAUGAAGAAGAUGAAGAUCCUCAGAUGGGGGACGGAGUACUGGAUUGGUCCAGCCGAGGCUGCUGCUGAAUCCCGGCCGUGGAAGCACGCGGCUUAUCGCGUUUUGGACCAACCCUCGAACUCUGCGACCGUAUUGAUUAGCAAUAAGCUCGGCGAUGACCAUUCGACGGGCGGGUGCGCAGGAGGAGUUGGUAUCACCCUUUUGCCUCUGGCCAGAGAGGAAAGUCCCCAGAUCAUCGCGAUUACGAUCACGAUCCCGAAGCCAACAUUACCCACGGAGGCUUUUUGCAUCAGAUGCAUCCGUCGGGGUGGUUGGAGCCUGACCUCAACUCCGGGUCGAAGCCCCCUCAAGGUUUCUGUUGCCUCGCUCCCGUUUUCCCUUUUCCAACGGCUCGAAUGUUUGAGUCUCCUCCGGAGUGCCUUCACGGUGACUUGUCUGGCCUGAAACUGGAACCUACCUUCCCCGCCAGACCAGAUCGAGUCGUAGAAUUAGUCGCCAAUGAGCGUGUCACUUGCAGUGACUGGACGUGUCUUACCUGGAGGUAUGUACUAUGGAUGUAUGGAGUCUGUACCGGGUAUUCAGUAUCGUAUGGUACCACUAUCCCCCCAACUUUGAAGUCAGU